CCGGUAGUAGUCGGUGUUUUCUGGACGAUGGGUGUCUCGGUUUGUGCUUUUAGCCUGACAGCAGUUAAAUUCAUUGCAUGUCUCGUGAGCUGGGCUGGCAGUUAACGGAUAAAUCAGUCACCAGCUGCAUACCGUUUAAAGGCCGAACAUGUCGUGGAUAAGAGAAGGUGAAUUAAACCUACUUGAAAAGAUUUCAGCCAAUAUCCUGAAGGCUGGACCCAUGCCUAAACAUGUGGCCUUCAUCAUGGACGGUAACCGCCGCUUUGCACGCAAGAAAAACAUGGAGCGCCAAGAAGGGCAUAUGCAAGGCUUCAACAAGCUGGCGGAGACAUUACGUUGGUGUAAGCAUCUGAACAUCCAGGAGGUUACAGUGUACGCCUUCAGCAUCGAGAACUUUAAGCGCACUAAAAACGAGGUGGAUGGGCUAAUGGAGCUGGCCAAGAAGAAAUUUGAAAAGCUGUUGGAGGAACGGGACAAUCUGGAGAAGCAUGGCGUGUGUGUCCGUGUGCUGGGCGACUUGAAUAUGCUGCCACUCGACCUUCAGCAGCUUAUUGCCAAAGCUGUGGUCACAACCAAGGCGCACAAUAAAUGUUUCCUGAAUGUGUGCUUUGCCUACACGUCAAGAUAUGAAAUCACCAAUGCUGUGAGAGAAAUGGCUUGGGGAGUGGAGCAGGGCCUGAUCAAAGCAAGUGAUGUUUCAGAGGCGUUGCUAAGUGAGUGUUUGUACAGCAAUAAUUCUCCCAAUCCUGAUCUGCUCAUCCGCACCUCUGGAGAGGUGCGACUCAGCGACUUCCUUCUCUGGCAGACGUCCCACUCCUGUCUAGUGUUUCAGUCAGUUCUGUGGCCGGAGUACUCGUUCUGGAACCUGUGUGAAGCCAUUCUCCAAUAUCAAUUAAAUCACAAAUCCAUUCAGAAAGCCAGAGACCUCCAUGGAGAGGACCAGGCCUUACUGCAGCUAGAGGCGGAUCGAGCCUGUGUAGCCGAGCACAUGCAGCAUCAUGGGAAUGGAAAGCCUGCUGACGCCCAGAGAAGACAGGAGGCACUACUGCACUACACCACCUGCCGGGAAGAAAGGAUUCAGGACUUCCUAGAAGCACUGAAGCACAAGAGAGACUCUUACUUUAAUGACUUAUGGAGCGACGGCAUCUUGGCCUAGGAAGGCUGCGAAGAACAAACCCCCAUGUUGAAGUGGGGAUGAAACGUCUCCUGUCCUCUUCCAGAAAGGGCUUCUGUGGAAAGGUGAACAGUAACUAGGGAUGGUUUCAGUGUGUUACUGAUUUGUACAAGACGAGAGGGCAAUUUUACCCCUAUGGGGCUGUAGAAAAAUUGAUAUUUAUGAUUGUAGAUUCCCCCAGAAAAAGUCUAAUACGUGGAAAUGUCUGGUCAAGAUGUAGUUAGGUAAUUGUGUGAAUUGUCCGUCAAAUGCAUGCCAUUGAUUGGGAGAUCAAAUUGUUUGAGAGAAAGCCAGGGAUCCUGGGUUUCGGUUCCCAAAGAAGCCGUCCAGAUUAAUAUAAAUCAGUACAGUUUUGCGUUAAUGUUGUGGCCAAAAGAAAGUGUUGUUUGUUGAGUGUGACGUUGAAGACAUAACUAGAUUUUGACCAGCUUUCUUUAACAGAAUAAAGCGAUUACUUUAUGUCA